UCGACGUGUGUAAGUAUGGGGCUAAGGAGAAAAAAGCUAUUCGGACAGACCACGCCUCGCAGAGGCCCGUUCGAGCCACGCCUUCGCUGGUGGGGGAACGGAUCGUAUUUGCCAGUCGGUACCCGCAUUCGCGACCCGCGUACGUUCGAGUUUAAAAAAAUAAUAAUUAAAAAGAAAACCUGUCAAUUUCCAGCGCCAAUUGGCGCGCUUUCUGACAGAUUGGGUUUUUAAUGUUUGUGUGCUGUGAGUGAGUGUGUUUUUUGGGGGAUCAUUUUGGAAGCUUUAGGAAGGAUUUUUAAUGAUGGCGUAACAACAGCAAACCAAAAUGGCGGCGGUAUCAACGCCACACAUGCAGGACUCCCGUGUCAAAAUACAAGAAAGUGACGAAGAACCAUAUUCCCCAACCACCAGAGACACUGUCACCCCCGACUUCAACGAAGAAGACAAGGAAGAACGCCCCCUACAUGCCUUCUCCAUCCACAACGUUCUGAAGAAGGAACGCACCAGCCCUGAGAAUGUAUUCUCAACUGAUAAACUCCUCCAAAAUACUCCUAAUUAUGAAGAAAAUGACAAUAACGAUUCUAGAAACUCUGAAAGCGUCAGCCCUAGAAUCGACUAUGACGAUAAUCAGACAAACGAAUCCAGAGCAGAAAUAAGUGUAGAUGAUGACAAUUCUUGCUGUAGUGAUGACACAGUAUUAUCUGUCGGAAACGAAGCACCUGUCAAUUAUGAAAACAAUGAUAAAGAACAGGGACUAACAUCUUUCAAACACAUACAGACACAUUUAAACGCAAUCUCACAACUGAGUCAGAAUUUGACGAUGAACCAGCCUUUAAUCUUACGACCGAAUCCUAUAACCCCAAAUCCUCUGAUGUUUUUAAAUCAGCCAUUAUUAUUUCAGAAUCCGAUUAUGGAUCUAAAAGCACCUAUACCUCGGCCUGCACCGAGUAAUUUAAUGAACCCUCAAGUUUUUAACCUAAAUUUCAGUCGAAAGACUCAAGAUUUAAGAAACGCACGGACAGACGAAAAUAGAAGACUUAACUAUAUGACUCCAAAGUCUCCUGACGAAUCUAGGGAUUUCAUGAGUCAAAGUUUAAAGUUUAGUAUAGAUAAUAUUUUGAAAGCAGAUUUUGGGAGGAGGAUAACUGACCCUAUGAAGAGGAAGAAGAGGGUUGAAGUUAAGGAGGUUAAGGAGGCGAAGGAGGAGGCGAGGGUGCCGGAGGUGAAGAGUGGGGAGAAGGGAGGGGCGAUCGACUUGUCGAAGGGGGAUGACAGUGCGAGUAAUUCUGGGUCUACCACUGGGACGACGUCCGGGGACGGGCCCAUGGUGUGGCCAGCCUGGGUGUACUGUACACGCUAUAGCGACCGACCCAGUUCCGGACGAAGUAAGUACGGGACCUCACGGCAGACACGUCCGCGCACGCGCCGGCCGAAGAAGCCCCCUGGAGAGGCCGCGCAGACUGACGAGAAACGCCCCAGGACCGCUUUCUCUGGCCCGCAGCUCGCCAGGCUAAAGCACGAGUUCGCCGAGAAUCGCUACCUGACGGAGCGGCGGCGGCAAGCUCUGGCCGCGGAGCUCGGUCUGGCUGAAGCUCAGAUCAAGAUCUGGUUCCAGAACAAGCGAGCCAAGAUCAAGAAGGCCUCGGGACAGAGGAACCCGCUAGCCUUACAGCUGAUGGCACAGGGCUUGUAUAAUCACAGCACGGUGCCGCUGACGAGGGAAGAAGAGGAGCUGGAGAUGAAAGCGAGAGAGAGGGAGCAACAGAAUAGACAGUAGAUUUUGUGAAAAGACGAGGCUAAUGUUUACUUCAUUUGGGUAGAAUCAGGUCUGCUAUUGCAGAUAUUAUAUGCACCCAUUUUUGGAUCAGUUAUUUAUAAUCCUUUAAAGGCAGCCUCUGUGACAAAUUUUAAGGUAAAGAUGAAAUUACUUAAUAAAUGAAUGAACCUGCUGAGUAAAUAAUCUUGUAUAUCUGGAUUAACAUCAAGACUAGAACGGAAUGCCACAAACUAUUGUAUUAUACAUGUUGGAGGAACAGUAAUUUAUAUAAACAAUGACUCAUCUUAGACCGGCCCUGGGCUGGGCCAGGGCGUCCGAUACUUCGUUUUCUACAGAAAGCAUUACGUGAUCACCCGUUAUAGAAAAUGAAGUGUCGGACUCCCCGGCCCGACCCCGGGCUGGUUUAGCGUGAGUCAUCCUUAAGUAAGUCUGUUUUAUUUUGUGACUAGAAGUGUUUCUGGGCAUCUCUUAGGUUUUCUAUCAGCAUACAUCAUAGAAAACGAAUAUUAAAAAGUUCUUUUCUAAAUUUAGACAAACAGAUUUGCUACACAACGUUGCAAUAGGUUAUACAUUUUAAAGACUUAGCCUUGUCUUUUAGCAGAAAUAUGUAAAUUCUUGAAUAGAACGUGCAUUUGUAGUUUUUGGACACGAUAGGUUACUUUUACUCAGG